UGAUAGCAAUUGUGAAUAUUAAGCCCACAUAGCCCACAGGGUAGGAUUGGCUGUUGUUAGUUUAGUUGAGUCUUGUUGAGACUUGAGGCUUGUCCGUACUCCGUACUCCGUACUCCGUACUCCGUACUCCGUACUCGUUAUUUAUUUACUUUAGGGCAUCAAUUCUGAUUUCUGACCGCCGACGAGAACGACGCGACGACUUUGAAGUUUGAACGAUUUCGGUAGAAAUCAGAAACUAGGGCGAAUACAAAGCAAAGUGCUGUGGUCAACAUCAUUUUGUCAAGGAAGAACAGAAAGAUCAUCAUCAGACAAAGAUGGGAUCGUUUUUCUCCACCCAGCAAGACUCCUCUUCUCUCGCCGGUGCUCCGUCGGGGCCAUCUCGCGUCCUCGCUUUCCACUCCGCCUCCGAAUGGAGAGCCCACUUCAACGCCUGCAAAGAUUCUACUCAAUUGAUGGUGAUCGAUUUCACGGCGUCGUGGUGCGGGCCUUGUCGAUUCAUACAGCCAGCACUGGACGAGUUGGCUGCCAAAUACACAGACGUCGAAUUUGUCAAGAUCGAUGUGGAUGAACUAGUGGAGGUAGCACAGGAAUUUAAAGUGGAGGCAAUGCCAACAUUCGUACUGAUAAAACAAGGGAAAGAGGUGGAUAAAGUUGUGGGUGCCAAGAAAGAUGAACUGGAGAAGAAGAUCCUCAAACACAGGGGCCAAGCUCAUGCUCAAGCUUGAUCAUUCCCCCCCAUUUCCCCUCUUUUUCUUUCUCUGUGUGAGUCACUCAACUCAGCAAAAUGUAUUAUUAGUAGUCUAUAUCUACUUCUACGAUGAUAAAAAUAAAAUAAAAAGAUAGAGAUGUUAAAUUAACACAGUCAGUCCUUGGAGAGAGUAGGGUAGGGUAGGGUAAUGAGUCAUAACUGUUUGGUGCUUGGCUGCUUGCUUCUCAAUAAAUUUGAAUUUCAAUGAGGGGUUUGAUUGAUAGUUCCUUCUUUCCCCCAUUUUUCUUAAGUAAAUAUCAGUUUUAUUGUUAAUGAAUUUUGGGUUCCUUGUUUGUGUUA